AUGAUGAAAGGUGUGGGAGGCCCCACUCCUGGGGCUGCCCCGUCCCGCCAUCAUCUUGGAGCCCCAAAAAGCAUAGAUCAACCACAACCACUCUUUGUCUUCAGCGUUCAUCACCCAAACGACGCAGCUUCUCGACCGAGUCGCCGUGGUUCUGUACAGCUCACCAUCAUGGCGUCUCUGAACCUCACUCAGGAUGAGCUCAAGGCGCUCGAGUCGACGCGAGGUCGUCUGUCUCAGCUGUCCAAUAGCAUUGCCAGCUUGAAGAACGACAUCCUGCAUAGCCAUCCGCUCCCUAACCCUUCAUCGCUGCAAGCAUCUGCCUACAUCCUCCAGCAGAACAUGGCCUCCCUCCUCGAGGUGUACUCGCAGCACGCGGACCUCUUCCAGCGCGUCGCCGUGCACCCGUCGACCAACUACCCGGGCCGCACGCAGGAGGGCAUCCUCAUGCAGCUGCUGCGUAAGAAGCUCGAGCCCGACGUCGAGGACUCGGUCGACGGGGCGCGCUCGGCGGCCCUCGCGGCGGGCAUCGGGCCCGAGAGCUUCGCGGGGCGGUCCGGCGGCAAGCAAGGGGCCGCCGGCGGGAAUCACAACUACGACAGCGACGAGGACGACGAGGACGAGGACGAGGACGAGGAGGACAGCGAGGACGACGAGAACGCGCCGAGGGAGCCGGCGGGGCUGGGCGAGGUGUGGGCCAGCGCGCGCGAGGUGUGCGUCGAGCGGGUGACGCAGUACGUCACGGAGGAGGGCAACGACGUCUACACCAAGGAGGAGCGGGAGCGGGGCGUCGAGAACGUGCGGACGGGCCUGCGGCGGAACCUGGACGAGGAGAGCGAGGACGAGGACGACGAUGACGACGAGGACGAGGAUGAGGAGAUGGCGGACGCCGGAGCGGCUGGGAUCGCACCGGGUGGCGCACCGCAGCAGCAGCAGGGCCCCGAGGCCGCCGCCAAGAUGGUACCGCCGCAGCCGGAGCUGAUGAUGUGGUUCGCGGCCAGGGGUGAUACGAACAUACCGCCUUAUAUCGAGGUCGAGGCGAGGAAGGAGCAGGGGCCUAAACCGGGGCUGCGUUGA